GCAAAGAAAAGCUGCUCCUCACACAUGCUUUUGAAUUUUCUAUUCCAAAAUUCUUUUCUCUCUCUUCGCUUUCUUGCAAACCAAACACUCCUUCUUCCAGCAUCUGCUUUCAUAGUACCCUGCAAAGUAUAUACACUUGCUACUUUCUUUCUGGGGUGUAUGUGCGCAUGUUUUUUCUCUUUAAUUCUGAAAUAUUAAUUUUUUUAAUUUUUUCUUUAAAUAUUGGGUAAAAAAGAAGCUCCAUUUCAGAGUAUCGAAUACACGUAUCUACAUUUUAUGAUUCUCGGUUGUUAGGUUUCAGCAACUUCUGGUGUUUUGUGGUCGAUCCGAGCCUCUAAGUUAUCCGCUGGGAAAUUGAUUUCUGUUUUGUCUACUUUGUCAAGGAUUGGAGAAAAUGUCACAGAACUCUCAGGCCCUGCCUUCUCUCCAAUUGAUCAAGUCAUUGCCUGUUGAUUUUAGAUUCACAGAAAAUGCAGAAAAUAGUGUUUCAAGAUUUUCAAGUAUUCCUGAACAUGAUAGUUCAGGGGACGGGGUGGUUGAUGGAGAUCUAGAUAUUUCUGGGAAUGAUGUCAGCGAGGAUUCACCAUAUGGUGGGAAUGCCAUUUCAGUUGGGGAUAGGCCCUCUGUGGGAUACGAGGACUUGGAUACUGUCGCUGCACCUUCACCUUCACCUUCAAUAUCAACAUCACAUACUGAACGCAGAUGGGCUGACACCACCUCCUACCUUACAAAAAAGAAAAUCCAGUCUUGGUUUCAACUUCCAAAUGGGGAUUGGCACCUGGGAAGAACUAUAUCAACUUCAGGGAUUGAGUCUGUUAUUUUACUAUCUGAUGAGAAAGUUUUAAAGGUAAAAUCCGAAAGUCUGGUUCCAGCAAAUCCUGAUAUCCUUGAUGGCGUGGAUGAUCUCAUGCAACUUAGUUACUUAAAUGAGCCAUCAGUGUUGUACAAUCUUCAGUAUAGAUACAAUCAAGACAUGAUUUAUACAAAAGCUGGGCCAGUGUUGGUCGCCAUCAAUCCCUUUAAGAAAGUUCCUUUGUAUGGAAAUGAUUAUAUUGAAGCAUAUAAGAACAAAUCUAUUGAGAGCCCGCACGUUUAUGCCAUUACAGACACGGCCAUCAGAGAAAUGAUACGAGAUGAAGUGAAUCAAUCUAUCAUUAUAAGUGGCGAAAGUGGGGCAGGAAAAACUGAGACUGCAAAGAUCGCGAUGCAGUAUUUGGCAGCUCUUGGCGGUGGUAGCGGUAUAGAAUAUGAAAUAUUGAAAACCAAUCCAAUUUUAGAAGCCUUUGGCAAUGCAAAGACAUUGAGGAAUGACAAUUCAAGUCGCUUUGGAAAGCUGAUUGAAAUACAUUUCAGUGAAACUGGAAAAAUAUCGGGUGCCAAAAUUCAAACUUUUUUACUUGAGAAGUCUAGGGUGGUUCAAUGCAUGGAGGGAGAAAGGUCUUAUCACAUAUUUUAUCAGCUUUGUGCAGGGGCUCCACCUACACUUAGAGAGAAGAUAAACUUGAUGAAUGCAAGUGAGUAUAAAUACUUGAGGCAAAGCAGUUGCUACUCAAUUAAUGGGGUAGAUGAUGCUGAACGGUUUUGCAUUGUUAAGGAAGCUUUGGAUAUUGUUCAUGUCAGCAAGGAAGACCAAGAAAGUGUAUUUGCAAUGCUCGCUGCUGUACUUUGGUUGGGAAAUAUCUCAUUUACUGUUGUUGAUAAUGAAAAUCAUGUUGAACCUGUGACUGAUGAAGGCCUAACUACUGUUGCCAAACUGAUUGGAUGUGAUGUUGGGGAGCUUAAGCUAGCUUUAUCAACUCGUAAGAUGAAAGUUGGAAAUGAUAAUAUUGUCCAAAAGUUAACUUUAUCACAGGCCAUUGAUUCAAGGGAUGCUCUGGCAAAGUCAAUCUAUGCCUGUUUAUUUGAUUGGUUAGUCGAACAAAUUAAUAAAUCUCUUGCGGUUGGCAAAAGGCGAACUGGAAGAUCCAUCAGCAUUCUUGAUAUUUAUGGAUUUGAAUCGUUUGAAAGGAAUAGUUUUGAACAAUUUUGCAUAAAUUAUGCAAAUGAGAGAUUGCAGCAACACUUUAACCGCCAUUUAUUCAAGUUAGAGCAAGAGGAAUAUGUUCAGGAUGGCAUUGACUGGACAAAAGUUGAUUUUGAAGACAAUCAAGACUGUCUUAAUCUUUUUGAAAAGAAGCCAUUGGGGUUAUUAUCUUUGUUAGAUGAGGAGUCUACUUUUCCAAACGGCACAGAUUUGACAUUUGCCAACAAGCUGAAGCAGCAUGUGCAUUCUAAUUCAUGUUUCAGAGGAGAGCGAGGCAAAGCCUUCACAGUAUGCCAUUAUGCUGGGGAGGUUACAUAUGAUACUACUGGAUUUUUGGAGAAGAAUAGGGACUUGUUACACUUGGAUUCCAUUCAGCUCUUGUCUUCAUGCUCAUGCCAUCUUCCUCAGAUAUUUGCUUCCAGUAUGCUUACUCAAUCUCAGAAGCCUGUGGUUGGUCCUUUAUAUAAAGCAGGUGGGGCAGAUUCUCAGAAGCUAAGUGUUGCUACAAAGUUCAAGAGCCAACUAUUCCAAUUGAUGCAGCGCCUAGAGAACACCACACCACAUUUCAUACGCUGCAUAAAGCCCAACAACUCUCAGUCCCCUGGGUCAUAUGAGCAGGGACUAGUAUUGCAGCAGCUGAGAUGUUGUGGAGUCCUAGAAGUAGUCCGUAUUUCGAGGUCUGGAUUUCCUACAAGAAUGUCACAUCAGAAGUUUGCCAGAAGAUAUGGUUUUCUUCUGCUGGAAAAUGCCGCUUCUCAGGAUCCACUUGGUGUUUCAGUUGCAAUUCUUCACCAAUUUAAUAUAUUGCCGGAGAUGUAUCAAGUUGGUUACACAAAAUUGUUUUUUCGCACUGGACAGAUUGGCGUGCUGGAGGAUACAAGGAACCGUACCCUUCAUGGUAUAUUAGCUGUUCAGAGCUGUUUUAGAGGGCACCUAGCUCGCCGUUAUCACAGAGAGCUUAGGAGAGGAAUUGCCAUUCUUCAGUCAUUUGCUCGGGGAGAAAAAGUCAGAAAGGAAUAUGCAGUCUUGCUGCAAAGACAUAGAGCUACUGUUGUUAUACAAAGGCAAAUAAGAAGUACAAUCUCUAGGAAAAGAUACAAAGACGUCCAUGAGGCAUCAAUUGUAAUACAAUCAGUUAUUCGUGGAUGGUUGGUCAGAAGAUGUUCAGGCAACAUAGGUUUACUGAUAUCUGGGGGCACUAAGGGCAACGAGUCAGAUGAGGUGUUGGUGAAAGCAUCAUUUCUUGCUGAAUUACAGCGACGAGUUCUUAAAGCUGAGGCUGCCCUUAGAGAGAAAGAAGAGGAGAACGACAUUCUCCAGCAGCGGCUCCAACAAUACGAGAGCCGUUGGUCUGAAUAUGAGCUGAAAAUGAAGUCAAUGGAAGAGGUGUGGCAGAAGCAGAUGAGAUCCCUGCAAUCCAGUCUCUCUAUUGCAAAGAAGAGCCUUGCCAUUGAUGAUUCUGAGAGAAAUUCAGAUGCAUCUGUCAAUGCAAGCGAUGAAAGGGACUGGGAUACAGGAAAUAACUACAGAGGUCAGGAAAGUAAUGGUCACAGUGUGAGACCAAUGAGUGCAGGUCUGAGUGUUAUAAGCAGGUUGGCUGAAGAAUUCGAGCAAAGAAGUCAAGUAUUUGGUGACGAUGCCAAGUUCUUGGUGGAGGUAAAAUCAGGUCAGGUAGAAGCAAGUUUGAAUCCUGAUCGUGAGCUUAGAAGGUUGAAGCAGAUGUUUGAAGCUUGGAAGAAGGAUUAUGGGGUGAGACUACGGGAAACAAAGGUGAUUUUGAAUAAACUUGGAAAUGAAGAAGGUGCCCUUGACAGGGUAAAAAAGAAAUGGUGGGGAAGGAGGAACAGCGCAAGAUUUACUUGAUUAAUUAUUUUUGGCACAAUCGAGUUAAGAGUUGCUGCUUUGUUUGGUUGUUAGCUCUUUCUAUUUGAACACAAAAUUAUAAUAUGAAGAAGAUAACUUGUGAGUUUUGUUAUACAAGCCAUUGUUGAAUGGCAAGCUUAGUAUUUCGUUGAGCCUUAAUUUAAGAUGUAUAUCAUUAUUUGUCUGUCAAACAUGUGUUUUUAUUUGAUUGAGAAAUAUAUUAUAUCUCAUUUCUCAAAUGAGCAUUUUUAUUGAGCA